AUGUCUUCAAUCAAUGUUUCAGAAAUUGCACCAUUUUUGGCCUUUGUGUUAAUAAUGAUGUUCGCUGAGAAAAUUACUGUCUAUCUGAUUUUCAUUGCCAUGUGCUCUGUUACAUAUGUCGUCAGACAGCAACUUACUGCAGAACUCGAUGCACAUAUGGAAAGAUUAACCGCAGAUCUUACAUCACGAGAUGCCACAAUUGUGGUCGAGGAACAGAGAAUGCUGACAAUGAUAAAUACUGUGAUUGAAACUAUUAAUGAAAUCACCACCAAUUAUGAAUCUUUUCGUGACCAGUUGGACCAAAUAACUGAGACGGGUUCUGUGGCAUCAUUAAUAUCUGAACAAUUUGCUGGCCCAUCCGUAUCUAUGUCCAAUUUUUCUCAAAGAUCUUCUGGUUCUUCUCUGGGUUCUUCUAGUAGCUCAAGUCAAUUAUCUUUUUCCAAUAUUACCUCAACAACCAGAAACCACUUUAAAAUUCUUUUUGAUAAGAUUAUGAUAGACAAUAAUUAUUCUUUAGAUGAUAUGUGUAAUAUGGUGUCUGUUGAGAUUCAUAGUCUUGGGAUGGAAAAGAUUGGUAAGAAAACUAUAAAAAAUUUUUAUUAUAAUAAUGGUGAUUUUAGAGGUAGUACUUUAAAUAAAAUAGAUGCUUGGAUCGAUAGCAAAAAUAAUUUUAACUUAGCUAAUAAUACGGAGUAG